AACAAGCAGCAAGGAGUUCUGUCUUCGGAUGCUUUCUGCAUUCCUGGCUGCCUACUCUGGCUGUUGAAGGGGCAACCACUUGCUAAGAUCUACAUCUAAGCCUCAGGAAAUAGAAAGGGACUUCAAACCUUCCAGAUCGCUUCCUCUCACGGGCAACUACUUGGCACGGAAUAAAGAUGGCUGCUGAACUGGUAGAAGACAAUUGCAUCAGCUUUGUGGCAAUGAAAUUUAUUGACAAUACACUUUACUUUAUAGCUGAAAGCGAUGAAGGCCUGGAGUCAGAUUACUUUGGCAAGCUUGAACCUCGACUGUCAAUCAUACGAAAUUUGAAUGACCAAGUUCUCUUCAUUGACCAGAGAAAGCAACCUGUGUUUGAAGAUAUGUCCGAUUCUGACUGUACAGAUAAUGCAUCCCAGACAGUAUUUAUAAUGUACAUGUAUAAAGAUUGCCAUGCCAGAGGUAUGGCUGUAACCAUCUCUGUGAAGUGUAAGAAAAUGUGUACUCUUUCCUGUGAGAACAAAAUUAUUUCCUUUAAGGAAAUCAGUCCUCCUGAUAAUAUCAAUGACACCAAAAGUGACAUCAUAUUCUUUCUGAGAAGUGUUCCAGGACAUGAUGAUAAGAUACAAUUUGAGUCUUCAUCAUAUGAAGGGUACUUUCUAGCUUGUGAAAAAGAGAAUGACCUUUUCAAACUCAUUUUGAAAAAAAAGGAUGAAUGUGGGGAUAAAUCUUUAAUGUUCACUGUUCAAAACAAAAGCUAG